UCUUGCGCGUUCUCUACGCGGGGCGUAAAACAGACGCACGUGCGCUACGACGUUUAUCUUUUGCGUAGAACCCUUUUCGUAGACAUCGUUACGCAGUGUCCUCCAAGAAGGAGUAGGGUCGUGAAAAAAAUGCCAGUGUAUGUGUGCUAGAUAAUUAUGGUAGCUGUAGUGGUGCGAACCAGGAUGGUGCGGUAGCGCGUGUGGAGUUUUGCACCUUGUACCCCCUAAAGAUGUGUACCGAGCCGAAGAAAUAAUCAAAAAGGAGGAUGUAAAUUGAAGCGACACACCAUCGUGAAUUUGUGACACAAUCUGUGGAUAAAGGCAGAAAGAGGGGACCAGUCUGAAGACAGUUUCUUGGUUCUGUUUGAAAGUGUUCCUGUGCGGUUUCGCAACAUCAUUUAUGGGACCAGAUUGGCGGAUGAUUGUGUUUCGAUAGUGUCGAUAGUCGAUAGUGAUAGUGGGAAAAUGAAUGCGGUACGACCAAAACAUCAAAGGAAAGCCUCCACUGUUUUCGUGCGCCUCGUGGCGAUCCUGGUCGCUGUUUGGGGGCCAAACCUUGCGGCCACGUCCCUGGCAACGAACGAUGUGCACCUUCCGGAGGAAACCGACCAUCGGCAGCACCAAAAGGGGACACAAAUGUACCCGAAAGCCAGCGCGACCCCUUUCGUGACGUACCACGUCGAGCAUGAGCAGUCGGAAUACGACGCUCGCCGGUACGUGGCCCUGCUAAACGAAUCGGAAAUUCACCGUCUUCCGAGUUGGUGCCACAAGCACUGCAACAGCUCCUUACUGCACUACUGCCGGUCGAACGAUUUUCUCAACGACCACUGCUGCUGUGAAUAUUCACACAGCAAAGAGCAAUUGCCAUGGAUGCCGCACACCUGCCUACGCCAGUUGGGCGAACGUUGCACAGCGAACGCCGGAUCGUGCAGCAACUACCGCGCGAUCAAAGAAUGCUGCUGCGAUCGGCUUACGAAGCACGAAUAUAAAAUCAAAUUCUCAGCGGCCACCAGUUUGGAAGCAUUCCUCGUCUCGAGGCUUACGUUGUUCGCCGGAUUAAUUAUCACACUUGUGCCGACUACCAUAGCUGAAUGGCCAUAUCUACUCAGUUAACAUACUCAUUGCUGCGCACAUAAGUGACCUUAUUGACACGUGAACGGAGUGGAUUAUUCACGGCCCACUUUCGGUGCAUUCCGGUAAUAAGUUUAUCGUGGUUUCUCUAUUUUGUGUCUGACCGCAGCCUCAUUUUACCGCAUCACUUAUGAUGCAGUGAUUAGAAACAUGUCAUCGGUAUCGGUAGCAGUGACCUAAAACGGAGAAGUUUCAUGAAACUGUACCUUACCCGACAUGCUAGUGAUCAUAAUUAUGGAUGUGCGAAAGUGUCGUUCUUCUUUCCAUAAAAUUUGUUGUUUAGUUCCUAACCGAUUACAAAAAACUAUGAGUUAUUGCGGAUUGUGGUUGCGAAAACUAAAUUAAUAGUAUUUUAAUUAUGGUUUUAGCUGACGAAUUAGGGAAACAGUAAAUUUAUGCAGGUUCUUUUGAAGCAACCUUGUAUUGAAUACGCUUGUAUUGUUUCAACACCAUUUUUAGUAAGGAAAGGCACAGAAUUAUUUUGUGCUGCCCAAAGAGUUUUAUCGGUUUAAUCGGUUUUAUCGUAAGUGAUGUAAUAAAGAGCAAAAGAACGAUUCGGUACUUAAAGCAUAGAGAGUAUGCCACAUCGUUUUUUAAACUUUCUUUUCUAUCUUUUAAAUAUUUAGGGAUGACCGUUUUAACUAAUACCUAAGUCUUAAAUUUGUUUGUUUUCUCUUAUUCAAUCAAUGGAAGUUAUUAGCCAGUUUAGGUUCAAUUGUAUGAAUUGUGCGCCUUUUUCACACCAACAAAUUCACCAAUGGUUGCUUUCGAAGGAUAAUGUAAAUUACCAUACACAAAAUAAAAAUAAAUGAUACCGUUACCGAAACAAUUAAAAUAAUACUGAUGCGAUAUUUAACAAUAUUUUAGCGAUAAACAAACAAGAGUCAUUUAAUUUUAAUAAUUGAUUAUAAUUGAAAACAUACUUUCUAGGAAGGAAAAUACUACUAUUACAUUGCCGGUGUUAUUGAUCUGUGCAUCUGCAAAAAGAUUUCUACAUAGAAAGUAUCAACAACAAUAUUAGAAAUCACGCUGCGUUGGACUUUAUUUUGUUAUGCAUAACUGCAGUGUGUAAAGCAACAAAAAGUGCAUUUGAAAAUUCCGCAAACAAUGAAAAAUGGAUGAUCAUAUUACUCGCAUAUGGUAUAUGCGAGGUUUUAUAGUUCAA